AUGAAGGUUAAAAAUACCGACGGUCCAAAACUUGGAAGAAACCCAACAUUUUCGACAGAACAGGAAAUUGAGAUUAGGGAUCAUAUUAUUACAAUGGCCAAGCUGUUCUAUGGCAUUACAUGCAUCCAGCUGCGAAAGAUUGCAUUUGAGUAUGCAGAGGCUAACAACAUUGCAAACAAUUUUGAUAAGUCAUCUAGGUUAGCUGGAAAGGAUUGGCUAGCUCUAUUUUUAAAAAGAAACCCAAGUAUUAGCAUGAGAAAACCUGAAGCAACUAGCAUUAACAGAAUACAGGCAUUUAAUGAAGAAGAGGUUAAUGCAUAUUUUAAAAAUUUGGAACGUGUCUUUGAAAAAUGUAAAUUUAAAGAGGGGCGAGUGUUCAACGUCGAUGAAACGGGCAUAAAUACUGUACUAAAGCCUGACAGAAUUUUAGCUCCUAAAGGUGUUAAACAAAUAGGUGGGGCCGCGUCUUGGGAAAGGGGGAAAAACGUGACUGUGAUAUGUUGUUUCAGUGCUGCUGGUACCUACAUCCCCCCUAUGUUUAUCUUCCUCAGGAAGAGGACGUCAAAUCUCUUAAGUAAAGGUGGACCAGUUGGAACAAUAUAUGGUUGUUCCGUCAAUGGCUGGUCCAAUGAGUCAUUGUUUUUUGAAUGGAUCCAACAUUUUCAGAACAAUGUAAAAUCAACUAUUGAUGACCCCGUGCUGCUGAUUUUAGAUAAUCACAGCAGCCACAUUCCACUUGAUAUUUUUGAAUUUUGUAAAAAACAUUCUAUUGUAAUGGUAACCAUACCUUCACACACUUCUAACAAGCUUCAACCACUAGAUGUAACAUUCUUUUCCUCUUUGAAAUCAGCCUUCAAUCGUGAAUGUGACAUAUAUAUGAAGUCACAGGUGUAUCAAAAAAUUACACCAUAUGAGUUAGCAGAACUUUUUAAUAAGGCAUAUAUUAAGGUCGCUACCAUGGACAAAGGGCAGUCAGGGUUUAAGGCAUGUGGGAUUUGCCCUUUCAAUCCAAACAAAUUUCAGCAUGACGACUUACAACAAUGUGAGAUCUUCAGAGAUGUUGUCCUUGAAGAUGAAGAUGUUCUGAAUGCAACAAAUGGAAAUGAAGUGAUUGCAUCUACAAACGAGCCGCAUAUCCCCAAAAGUAGUCAAGAACAGAUUCCUGGAUCUUCAGCAGAAGAUGUUCCACUUCUAGUAGGCCUAGAAGAGGUCACAACAACAUCAACUAAAAGUGCAUGUGUCAAGCACGUUAGUGUAUUUGACAUAUCUCCUGUUCCAAAACAAAAACAAGUUCUUCCUAAGACGAAACAAGCCAAGGGAAAGCCGAAGGGAAAGUCAGUUAUCCUUACAGCAACUCCAGAGAAGAAUAAACUGCUAACAGAGUUAUCAAUAAAGAAACGAAAAGAAGCCAUGAAAAAGUAA